GGUGGAUUCAAAAAUGCGUUUCUGUUUUUUUAUGUUUUGUUGUUGUUGUUACUUGUUAUUGCCUCAGACAGAAAAAUAAAAAUAAAAAGAGUAACCCUUUUCCUUUAUGAUGCAAAGAAAUCUCAAUUUAAGGAACAAGUUUGGUAAGGUAAAGAUCCUCCAUUUUUUUCCUAAUUUCUAGAAUUUAUAAGUUCAUAACUAAUAACUCGGGAUAUUCGGAGUUUGGAAUCUGAAAUUUCCAAAUCUCGAAGAUUUCUUCGUGUUCUUCACGAUGGCUACCAAACCAAACUAUGCGACGACGGAGGAUGAUGCAGACUUUGCGCCCACGAAAAAGCAAAAGAUCGACGACGAGGGAGAUAGCGAUAGCAGCAGCGACGACAGCUUCAUCAGCGUCGGCGACAUGGGCACCGAGGAAGAGUGGCGUGCGUAUAGAUACUAUUCGAAGGAACCUGAGUGGGAUGUCGAUAGCUUUGAUGGUCGUGAGUUUAUAAUCAAUCCUCGGAUUCGUAAGCUUUACGAAACCCAGGAACUUUAUGACGAAUACUACCGCAAGAGGCUCCAGGCUUUCGAGAGUAAGGGUUUUAUUCCUGAUCAUUCGAACGGAAUCUACGAAGUUUAUCUGGAAGAUCCUGUGAGGAUUGAACACCUGACAGAACUUGUUAAUGUGUGUGUCAAGAAAUUCAAUGAGACUAAGGGAAAAACUUUGGAAUUGGUAAAUAUUUUGAGAGCUACUGAACGUGGAUAUGGUAACGUGAAGUUCUACAUCACGUUUAUGGCUCGAGAGUAUCAGAAUGGACCUCUUGUUGAGUACCAAGCUAAGGCGAUCAAGUUUGGAAACAACCGACCUCCUUUCCCAAUUCUCUGCAGACCAAGUCCCAAACCCGAAACCUAGAUUUAUAUUAAAGAUUGGUAUGUUGACGACGAGCUAGCCAAGGGCUAACUUGCAUUGAAGGUUUUAUGGUAGUGUAACUUGGGUGGAAUAAUGUGAGCAGAAUUAUGUUGUACUUUUUUUUUUUAUGGAUUAUGUGUUUUUGAG